AUGCAAUUAUCACCUUUAACGGCAGGCAAUUUCGAUUCGGAAGCCUUUAGGCAAUUCUGCACUGGCCUCAAGAUCAAUCCGUUCUUCGCUUCGCCAGCUCACCCACAAUCGAACAGUCAGGUCAAAGCGAUGAACAAAAUUGUCAAGAAGCUAUUGAAACGGCAGCUUGACAAAGCCAAAGCAGCCUGGCCGGAGAAGCUUCCAGAAGCGUUAUGGGCCAUCCGGACAUCUUACCGAACGGCAACCGGGGAAACACCGUUCUCGAUGGCUUUUGGCUCGGAAGCGGUAGUCCCAGUGGAAAUCGGAGAGCCCUCCUACCGAACGGAAGCUUUCGCACCAAAGGUGAAUGAGGAGGCGCUCACCUUGAGCCUCGACCUGAUCGAAGAACGCCGAGCACAAGCCAACCUUCGGAACGAAGCUUACAAGCAGCGCGUCUCUCGGUACUAUGACUCCAGGCUCAGAUCCCGCUCGUUCCCAGUCGGAGAUUGGGUCGUGCGAAAAGUCUCUCUGGCAACUAAGGACCCCAAGGAAGGAACCCUCGGACCUUCCAGGGAAGGACCUUACGAGAUCAUCGGUAUCCAGCGAUCGGGGACUUAUCGACUCAAGGACUCCAACGGAAAGACCCUCGGUCAUCCUUGGAACGUAGAGCAUUUGAAAUACUACUUUAAAUGA